ACAGAUCCACUUCGAUGAGCCAUCGUCUAGUCAAAGGGGUUGCGGGUAGCUGAGCAUGGAGCGCAGUCAUUUGCCGGAGACGCCAUUCGACCUGGCCCAUUCUGGGCCCAGGUUUCAGGCCCAGUCGAGUGGCAAUGGUUCCGUGCUGGACAAUGUGCUGCCCGACAUGGCGCACCUGGUGAACCCCUACUGGAGCCGCUUUGCGCCCAUGGAUCCCAUGAUGAGCAAAAUUCUGGGAUUGUUCACCCUGGCCAUUAUGAUCAUCUCGUGCUGCGGCAACGGAGUGGUGGUCUACAUUUUCGGUGGAACAAAGUCGCUGCGCACGCCGGCAAAUUUGCUCGUUCUCAACCUGGCCUUCUCCGACUUCUGUAUGAUGGCCUCCCAGUCGCCGGUGAUGAUUAUUAACUUCUACUACGAGACUUGGGUGCUGGGUCCGCUGUGGUGCGACAUCUACGCGGGAUGUGGCUCGCUCUUUGGCUGUGUGUCCAUCUGGUCCAUGUGCAUGAUUGCCUUCGAUCGGUACAAUGUGAUAGUGAAGGGUAUCAAUGGCACACCCAUGACCAUCAAGACGUCUAUAAUGAAGAUACUUUUCAUCUGGAUGAUGGCUGUCUUUUGGACUGUCAUGCCAUUGAUUGGAUGGAGCGCCUAUGUGCCCGAGGGCAAUCUGACUGCCUGCAGCAUUGACUAUAUGACGCGUAUGUGGAACCCGCGAUCUUAUUUAAUCACCUACUCCCUCUUCGUUUACUACACUCCACUGUUUCUCAUCUGCUACUCCUACUGGUUCAUCAUUGCCGCCGUGGCAGCACAUGAAAAAGCGAUGCGGGAACAGGCCAAGAAGAUGAAUGUGAAAUCCCUGCGGAGCUCUGAGGAUUGCGACAAAAGUGCCGAGGGAAAACUGGCCAAGGUGGCUCUAACUACCAUCUCCCUAUGGUUUAUGGCAUGGACACCAUACCUUGUCAUUUGCUACUUCGGACUCUUCAAAAUCGACGGAUUGACCCCACUGACGACCAUUUGGGGAGCGACUUUCGCCAAAACGAGCGCAGUCUACAAUCCGAUUGUGUACGGCAUUAGCCAUCCCAAGUACCGCAUAGUUCUCAAGGAAAAGUGCCCUAUGUGUGUGUUUGGCAAUACGGAUGAGCCGAAACCGGAUGCACCCGCUUCCGAUACGGAAACUACAUCUGAGGCGGAUUCAAAGGCUUAAAUCGUGAAAAAAAACCAACGCAAUUGCCUGCAAAGGGCACAGAAAAGUUUAAAAAAAGUGAUGCAAUAUCGUAAAGUGAUACAAAAAUGUAAAAAAAAAAUGGAAUAAACCUCAGUAUAACAAAAAGUAGUUUCCUAAAACUUUACAAAAUAAAGUUAGUUUGC